GUUAUGUCUAUUACUAAUACAGUAUUACAUAAAUAGUCAACACAUGAGAGCAAUAAUAUCCGUCAAUAAUAGAUAUGUUUGCUAAAUGUCAACAAAGCCGUCGGCUUUUCACUGGUGGCCAUCCGUGUCAGCGAUGGGUGACUUCAGUGGUGCGCUAUUUGUAUAACAAUAGUUUCGAUAAAACCAUGACUGCGGCCGACAACCGAUGGCCGGCGACUCGUGAAUCUCUUGUCAAACGACAACUUCAUUCGUUAGUGAAUCCGAAGAAGAUAUUGUUUAAAGAUCGACAGCUGAAGAUAGUGACACAAAUGAACAGAUCUAUGUUUAUUCAGACGGAAGAUACGCCAAACCCUAAUAGUCUUAAGUUUGUUCCGGGUGUUAGAGUAAUGACUGAAGGAACCAUCGAUUUUCCAAAUGUCAAGUCAGCUAUGAAUAGGUCCCGAUUGGCUGAAGCGUUGUUUCGUAUUGAAGGAGUGAACGCCGUAUUCUUUGGUCCCGAUUUUAUUACAGUCACCAAAAUCGACGACGACGUCGAGUGGAAACUAUUGAAACCCGAAAUAUUUGCUACGAUUAUGGACUACUUCGCUACCGGACUGCCCAUAGUCAGUGAAACCAGUGAUGACACUGAAAAAACAGAUAAAGUGGGCGACGAUACUGAAGAUGAAACGGUAGCAAUGAUUCGGGAACUGAUUGAAACUCGGAUCAGACCCACAGUUCAAGAAGACGGAGGAGAUGUCAAGUUUAUGGGAUUUCAAAACGGAACCGUUAAACUUAAACUUCAAGGCGCCUGUACUUCGUGUCCAUCAUCUAUAGUUACACUGAAGAGUGGUAUUCAAAAUAUGUUACAAUUUUAUAUACCCGAAGUUGUUAACGUUGAACAGGUGAGCGACGAAUUAGAUUCAUUGGCCGCCAAAGAGUUUGAAAAAUUCGAGAAAAAAUCCUAAUUAUCCACUUAUACACAAUUGGUUACACAAUUGUAAGUAUACUUAGUAUACAACAAAAAUAAAAUAAAAUUUA